CUAAGGAUAAAAAUAAAAACCUGGUUAGUUCUUCUUCCUAACCGCGAAAUAGUGAAGUUGUUAGUAAGCGUCUUAGCGGAUAUUCUUUACACUCCUCUUCCCGUUCUGGGAUGGCUCUGAGCUUCUCUUGCUAUGCUUCGCUCAAAUCUCAACCACAAGGCCAGACAAAAAUCAGCAGCAACAACAAGAAGAAAUGCCUUCAGAGAGUGAAAGACCUCAUCAAUUCAGUUGGGGUUCCUUCAAUCACAAGCUCACCUCACGAUUCCCUUCAAAGAGGCAACUGGGUCAAGCUCAUUUGUGGUGCUAGCUUCGAGGAUGUUGUUGAUGUCAGGAAUCUUUCUCUGGUUUACACUCUCGCUGGAGUUGAUUGUAUUGAUUGUGCGGCUGAUGCGGCAGUGGUGAGCGCGGUGAACGAGGGAAUUGAAGCAGCCAGAGAGAUUGUACCCCUUCGGAGGCCGUGGGUAAUGAUCAGUGUUAAUGACGACGAAGAUCUUCACUUUCGUAAAGCCGAAUUUGAUCCAAAUGAUUGUCCACUGGAUUGUUCCAGACCCUGUGAGAUUGUCUGUCCAGCUAAUGCAAUAUCACUGGUGGGCACACCUAGUGCACUCAAGGGUGGAGUGAUAACUGAACGCUGCUAUGGCUGUGGCCGCUGCUUUCCAGUUUGUCCAUAUGAUAAAAUAAGAGCAAUUACAUAUGUAAGAGAUGCUUCUGCUACAGCUGAGCUUCUUAGAAGAGAAGAUGUUGAUGCGGUGGAGAUACAUACAAAUGGAAGGCAGACUCUGCUGUUUGAAGAACUUUGGAAUGGUUUGGGAGAUUCACUGGGAUAUUUAAGACUUGUAGCAAUUAGCUUGCCUCACAUUGGAGAUUCAACCAUAUCUUCAAUGAACAUGAUGUACUCCCUUAUGCAGCCCAAUUUACGUUGCUUCAAUUUAUGGCAGCUGGAUGGUCGGCCCAUGAGUGGAGAUAUUGGCCGAGGCGCCACAAGGGAAGCAAUUGCUUUUGCUGUUCAUAUAGCUGCUGAUAAAGAUAGGCCUCCUGGUUUUCUUCAGUUGGCUGGUGGUACCAAUGCUCACACAGUUGAUGGGUUAAAAAGGGUGGGGCUCUUCCAAGCAACAACCUUAUCUAUGAACUCAAAAGAUGAAAUGAGCAUGGUGGGUUCACAUAGUUCGCCACUCGCUUUAAUUGGUGGAGUAGCCUAUGGUGGGUAUGCAAGGAAGAUAGUUGGAAAGGUUUUGAAUUCUAUGCAAUCCAAGCACGGACUUGCUUGUAUCAAGCACUAUCCGGAGCAUCUUCUGGAGGCACUUACAGAAGCCCUCACUUUGGUUGGAACUGUCAAAUGCUUUAAUACAAAUCUAUAGUUGGAAGGGAUUCGAAGGUAAGCCCUUGCUUUGGUUGGGAACUGUGAAAUGAUAUGAUACAAAUAUGUAUAUGCUUCUUGGAGGGAUUCUUAGCCCAUGGAACUGUUGAAUGUGAAUAAAUUCUAGAAAUAUUCUCAUCCUCUUCUAAUUUCUUUUUCGGUUAAUUUCUAUUUCUCCUUUCUGUUGGAAGGAAAAGCCUUUUUUUUUUCUUUUCUUUUUUUAGUGGGUAGCAAACCUGAAAUUUUUGCAAUGACUGCCAAAACAGUGGGAAAGGUCACCACAUUUGUGGCUUGGUGGUUACUUGAGCAUGACUCUAAUGUUUGCGUUUGGAUUAAUAAAUUUUAAAUGAAUGAAUUUGUGUUUUA